UCUGGCCUUCUUGGCGAAUGUCUUGUCAACCAGCAAGUCGUUGCUCCCAAAGGCGAGGUGACUCGGGUCUGGAGCAACUGUGUGCUGCCAUCCGGUAACUAUGUGACCACGGGCCGUCGUCUCGGCGCCAGAGUGGGUGUGGCUCACUUGGACCUGCUGGCAGAGGGUCUUGUGACGAAGGAUGACACCGGUUGCCGACAAAAGUACUCCUCUUCUGGCCUGGACGCCGUCGGCCAGAUAGACGUCCUGGAGCCUAGACCUAAUACGGUGUGGUUGGAGAGUGCCAGCUGCAAUCAGACAAUGACACUCAGUUUGUCAGGUCUGAAACAGAACCAACGGGCCUCUUCGAGUCGAACCGACGUAAGGGUUCAACAACAACUGACGGGGCUGGCCAGUCCCAGGCGUUCAGGUGGGCCUGAUUUUCACAACUUUCAACGUUUUUUUGGUAGUCGAAUUAUAUGCAUGUACCCUGAGGAAUUUGAAAGCAGAUGA